CUCAAAAUGGAGGUUCUUGUGGCUUUGCUGGCAGUUCCUACGAUUUCAGCUGCUUGGGAGAUGAGUCCUGCUCACUUUCCUCCAGAAAUCCAACCUCCAGACGAAAACGGAUUGGUAGGGCAUCUAAAACCGUUUGGUCACCAGAGGCCUCCGGAAGGUCCUGUAAUAGAAUACGACACCGUACUGCAUCCUCGCGACUUCUGGGACAAGCACGUCAGCAAAAAAUUGCCAUGUGUUUUUCGUGGAGCUGUAAAGGAAUCUGGAGCGUACAAACUGUGGACAGACGAGUAUCUGAGUGAGAAUUAUGGAGACAAUUUGGUUCUGUAUGAGAAAAGGAGUGAGGAUCGACAGAAGUCCGCAAAGCAAAUGCCAUUGAAGGAUUUUAUUAAAGAGUACAAAAGCGAGGAAAGCAAUAUUUAUGCUGUAACUUUGACGCCUGAAGAUAUGAGAAAGGAUGUUCAGGUGUUGUCAUGUUUACUAUGUGGGACUUUUUAUGAAUUCCUGCAAGAAUCAAACUUCUGGAUGGGAUAUGGAGGAACUCGUUCAGUAAUCCACUAUGAUGCUGAUAACAUAAUGCACUGCUUAGUAGCCGGCGGAAGGAAAGAUUGGAUGUUGGUUGCCCAUGAAGACAAAGACAAAUUAAAUAUGGCAGGAGGUGGCCAGUUCCAGGGUUCAGGAUUUUCUCUUCUUGAUUCUGAUAAAGUAGACAUGGAAAUGUACCCAGAAGUAGCUAAUGUACCAUGGCUUUGGACAACGUUACAACCUGGUGAUUGUGUGUUUGUGCCUGAUGCUCACCUACAUCAGGUGCGAUCAUACGGCCGUGUAAUAUCUGCAACAGUGUUGUUUACACCAUUCCCGUACUUUAACGAUACUGGCUGUGAUAAAGCAACAUUUGGCUACACGGAUCUUAGUCAAGUGUACCUUCAUUGGACAUACAAAAAAGGAGAUAAGGUGAUUGACAUGGGCUAUAUGAAUCCUGAGCAGCUCAGAGCAAAUCUGAGAACAAUUCUCAAUGAUGAAAAGGUUGUCACUCAAGAGAAGUUCAAUGACAUUGUUCUUGCUGGAGCAGAAAUAGACGUAUCUCCUCCAUAUCUAUUUACUUUAUUGGAUACACAUGGCCGAGGUUAUCUCACUGAAGAUGAUAUAAAUACAAUGUCUCAUGACUUGUUGAAGCAAUUUGCACGAGCUAUUGAUCCACCACAUGGUGAGUAUGAGGAUGAGGAAGAGGAGACUGAGGAUGAUUCUAUGAAUGUGACUGGUCAUGAUGAUCAUGAUGAACUUUGACUUAUGCAAAUUCAUUUGAUCUCUGCUAGGUUAUUUCAUCAAAUUAGGCAAUAACCAAUCUAGAAAUGACCACGUGACUUUAGGUGUAGUAGUUUUCAAUGAAAUGAGUUUGAGACUUAUUUAGAUAUCUGAAAGUUUGUACAGAUGGAACUGUGUGUGUCUAUUAUAACUACACAGAUGUUCUAGUGGCUUGCCAUUAGUGUAGCAUAUAAUGUACAUUUUUGGUCAGUCAGACCAGUGGUAAAACAUAUUGGCUCUAUGGCA